AUGCCAGCCGUAGCAACCAAGCCCACCAAGAACCAGCUAAAAAGAGCUCGGAGAAAAGCCAAAAAAGAUACCUCAACCGCAGCACCGAACGAAGAUGCUACUCAAAAUGGCGACACCGACAAGCCAAUUAAUGCCCCGUCGCAACCCGAGUUGAAAGAGGAACAGCAGGAUGCCGCCAUUCAGCUCGAUGAUAGUCUCUGGGCUAUGUACAAAGAUAUUGCGAACAAAUUUGAAGCGAGCGAGGAGGAAACAACAAAACUCGAAACGGAAAAACCUGAAGUCUUCUUUGACGACGACGAUGAAAUCCCCGACGAGGAAGAAGAACCCAAAAUGUCCAAGAAGAAGCGGAAAGAAUUGACUAAACUAUCUAUCGCCGAACUCAAAGCACUAGUACAAAAACCUGACUUGGUGGAAUGGACCGACACGUCAGCUCCAGAUCCUCGACUGCUAGUCCACAUCAAAGCGCAUCGCAAUGUCGUUCCCGUACCAACUCAUUGGUCGCUCAAACGUGAAUACCUGUCUUCCAAGCGAGGCAUCGAGAAGCCCGCUUUCGCACUGCCAAAAUUCAUUCAGGAGACCGGAAUCUCUGAGAUGCGGGAUGCGGCUUUGGAAAAACAAGAGCAAGCAACGCUGAAGCAAAAGCAGCGAGAACGAGUGCAACCGAAGAUGGGCCGUCUUGAUAUCGACUAUCAGAAACUAUACGAAGCAUUCUUUAGGUUCCAAACUAAGCCAGAACUCACGCGGUAUGGGGAGGUCUAUUACGAGGGCAAGGAGUACGAGACAAAUCUGCGCCACUUGCGUCCAGGCGAGCUCAGUGACGAGUUGAAGGAAGCACUCAACAUUCCUCCGGGGGCUCCUCCACCUUGGUUAAUCAAUCAACAGAGAUUUGGCCCACCACCUUCAUAUCCCGCACUGAAGAUCCCAGGCUUAAAUGCUCCGCCUCCUCCAGGUGCCAUGUGGGGUUUCCAUCCUGGAGGAUAUGGUAAACCCCCGGUUGAUGAGCACAACAAGCCUUUGUACGGUGGCGAUAUCUUCGGCGUACUUCAGACUCAACAAACAGCUCAGCAAGGGGAGCCUGUUGAGAAAGAUCUCUGGGGCGAAUUGCAGCCUAUGGAGGAAGAGGAGGAAGAAGAGAGCGAGGAGGAAGAGGAGGAAGCGGAGGAGGAAGAGGAAGAUGAUGACGGAAUGGAUGCUACACAUGCGCAGAGUGGUUUAGAGACUCCGAGCGGCUUGGUAUCUACCGUGCCAUCUGAAUUUGGCACAACCGAGAGUAUUGGUGGAGAAUUUGACGUGCGCAAACAUCAUCGGGGAACAGAGACAGAAGAUAUCACGCAACCGAAGGCCGCAUACCGUGUUAUUCCUGAGCAAGCAUCGCGAGUUUCGGGAUUUUUUGGUGGCGACAGAGUUUACGACCUCAAAGCUCCAGAAACAUCGAUACCUUUGCUAGGAAGUGAAGAUUCUCACCGUAAAAGAAAGAAAGCAGAUGAUGUCGAAGUUUCGAUGGAUCCCGAACUGCUGCAAAAUAAUGAUGGAAUCAGCAAGGAGCAUUUGAAAGGCUUGUACGACGCAGAGAAGAAGCAAGAGUUCUCGCAGUGGAACUUUCAAGACGACCUUAGCGAUAUGAUUGCUAAUGAAAGGAAGAGGGUUCGCAAGGAAGAGGAGCGCCGUGGAAAGCGCUGA